GCUUCCCUUCUCCCUGGCCCCUUCUUCUCUAGAGCCCUGCCACGCGGUCUUGACAGCUAUGUGGCCCCAUCGGCGAUGCACCAUCGGCAGUGCGCUUCCAGCGGCCCACUAGACCAGGAAGUACGGCACACAACGUUCAUUGAAUUGUGCUACGGAGUAUGUAUGGAAGGAUAUCCCUGGUUCGUAACGAACGAUGCCCCGUUCGCCGAUCAGUUGGCCGAUGCUGUAACGGUCAACAAACGUUCUCUCCACUGGCGUCACUUUAGAGCAAUGGUUAAUGGGAGGAGGGUUCCAACUUGCGUCACAGACUAUACCGUCUUGAACGCCUUCUUGUCUCCCCCUUUCUCUCUAGUGUCCCUCAACGCUCGGGAUUCCAGAAGCAUAACGUUGUGGAUAAAACCGGGUUUGGUCGAGUGGGGGUACGGAACCAGGAUACCGGUAAUUCGGAGCAAAGGAGAAAAAAAGCAAGAUCAUGUACGUACAAGAAAGCCUUGGUUCACCCUUGCAGAGAUCGAUCCUCUUUGAAACGCCAACCGAGGGUUUGAAAUUGCC